GAGGCUCAAAAUAUUUUUGAAAGAAUGAUUCAACAAGGUGUUGAGCCUGAUAUAGUUACCUAUAAUUCAUUGCUUGAUGGAUAUUGUUUGCAAGGUGAAAUGGCUGCGGCUAGAAAAUUAUUCAAUUCAAUAACUAACAAGGGUUGUGUACCUAAUGUAUUUAGUUACAGCAUCAUUAUCAAUGGAUAUUGUAAAGCUAAAAGGAUUGAUGAGGCAAUGGAACUUUUUCAUGAAAUGACUCGAAAUGGAUUAAUCCCUAAUGUUGUUACUUACAGCACUCUUAUAGGUGGCAUGUCACAGGUUGGGAGACUUGCAUUUGCACAAGAACUUUUCAAAGAAAUGAGUGCUCGUGGCCUAGUUCCAAACGUGAUCACUUACUCUACUUUAUUGGAUGGCUUAUGCAAGCAUGGUCAUAUUCAUGAGGCAUUGGGACUUUUUCAUGUAAUGCAGAAUAGUGGGUUAGAUCCUAACAUUGUCCAUUAUUCUAUCUUAAUUGAUGGCUUGUGUCGAGUUGGGCAACUUAAAGUUGCAAGGAAAUUAUUUUGUGCUCUCAAAGUCAAAGGGAUACACCCUAAUGUUCAAACAUAUAAUAUAAUGAUCAGAGGAAUUUGUAAAGAAGGGCUGCAGAAUGAAGCAUACAAACUGUUUAGUAAAAUGGAAUUGGAUGGUUGCAUGCCGGAUAGUUGCUCUUAUAAUGUGAUGAUUACAGGAUUUCUUCGAAACAAUGACAUAUCAAGGGGAGUACAAAUUCUUCAUGAAAUGGUUAACAAAGGAUUUUCUGCAAAUGCAUCUGUAGCAGCCAUGCUAGUGGAUCUAAUGUGUAGUGAUUCGACGGGUGAAUAUAUUCGUGCAGUAGUUCAGAAACUUUGAAGACUAUCAAAGUUCUAAUACAGAGUGAUUUCUUCCCAGCCAAUAUUGGUGCAAUAAAUCCAAACAAGUUUUAUAAUCUGUAGGGGUUGGUAAUAAAUAUCUACGCAGUCCCUAAUUCCAUCAUAUGAACUUCAUAUAGAAGGCAGUAUUUUACUCCUUGAUUAGGCAUUAGGCAGCAUGCAAGUAUCCUACUAAAUUCAGGAAGAAGGCUGAUUUGGAAUUUUUCAGCCUGCAGGUGAGGGCCCUAUGGGGUGUUGCACACAGAAGCUGCAGGUAAAGGGUUUGGCUUGGCUAAGUCCUUUUGAGUGGGGCAGUAUCGCAGCCCCCUCUUUGAAACCACAAACCAGACUGUAUGAUGAUUAAAGGCCAAUGAUACCUGCUCAAAGUCAAUGAAUCCAAUAUCAGAUCAUUCUACGUGCAUGCGUGCAGCAUCUAUAAGGGCUAAGGAAGAAGAGAAGCAAUGAUGACAAGCUUAUGAAUCAUUAUAUACUACAACAUUUGGCACAUUUUCAGCAUUACAAUUAGAUAGACAUGUGGCGGUAACACUAAACUAUUGACUAAUACUUUACUACAUCCAACUCUUGCUCCUGCAUUCCCUGUUGUAAUGCUGGGUUCAUAUGUCCAGCUGCAUAUUUGUUAUAAUUUUAAUUAGCUAACAUCAAAUCGUAAAAAGAAAACAUGAUAUUUUUAUGGGCAAAUGGACAAAAGUCGUGAUGAGCAAAUAUUAUUGAUAAAAAAUCACAAAAUCAUCAUACCAAGAGAUAAAUAAUGAAGAAUAAACAAUUAUGUCAGGCUUAAUCCCAUCAAAUCAUUAUUAUAAACAUCUAGACUAAAAUGAAGAUCCUUAUAAUAGUGUCCAAAGAUAUAUAUAACUCUUCCAGUCAUAAACAAGAAUUGAUUUGGACACAAAUAUUGUUACAAUGUUCAAAGAUUUAGCAACUUGUUUUCUCAUUUGGAGGUCCUAAUAAUCAUAAUGUCAUAUAUUUCUUACUUAGAAAAGAUCAGAAAAGGUAUUAACUUCGUUUUAUCCACAAGAAUUAGGUGGACGCACGACGCCGCCACCAAUUUUCUUUCUCCAAAUCCACAAAUUGGUUACCCAAUAGUGCAAACCAGUAUGAAAAAUUCAAGUCUAUUUCCUGUAAAUAAGAAUUUUUUUACAAAUCCAAAUUUGGUACAACAGCACAUUAUUGUAAUCAAUUCAAUGGGGAAUUAAUAUUUAGAGACAUAUUAAUCAUGCUUUCUUUUUAUUUUGUUCAGU